AUGGAGGUGCACGGCUCCAAGCUUACUGCUGGUAGUCAGCAAGCGCUUGAAUUUUUGCCAGUCGUGGCUUCGGCUUCCAGAUCAGCUUCAGGUGGCCUUUUGAGCUUUUCAGUGCAAGAUCACUACCAAGAAGUGAUUGAUGAUUUGAAGCGUCGAGGCCUUCAUGGUUUCGCUCAACAACUCUUCAACUUACAGAGAGACUGUCAUGAUCAGCUACAUGUACCGGUACAUUGGGCAACAGAAACAGCUGAUGUGCACCAUAUUCAAGGCGGGUGCACAGUGACGGGCUCCCCACAUCACCCUAGCCUUAACCAUACCACGAUACAUCCACCCGAAGACCAUGAGGACCCGACAGUUGCCGCAAUGCCCGCCUUACCAGACGACGAUCAUGAUCAGCACCAGCUUAAAGCACCACCAGACCGCAAGGAACCCCGCUAUACGGCAACGGCCUUCGAUUGCACGCACCAAAGUGAAGGCGGCACAGCCGGAGAAUCCUCGGCCAAUGGUGCCCCAUCUCUGUCUCAUCCCAACCAAGAUUACGAAUCCGGCAUCCCGGGUCCGCCUUCCUUCUAUAGAGAUUCUGUCACCAGAAGUCAACCCAGUGCACCAGGUGCCCAUAACGUAGUGUCUAGCCACGUUCAGCACGACCAAGACCAGGAGGAGGCAUCAACCGUCACUCGCAGCCGUGACCAGGACAACGAAUCCGUCGGUCCCAGGCCUCCCGUCGUUGACGAUGAAGAGAAUGCUUUGGAAGCUGUGCGUGUGGAUGACAUUCCCAUAGUGCCAGCCGAACCACUUCAGGACAAGCAACCACCCCCUUUCAGCCAAAAGCUCCUCCUUCUGGCCGGUGUCAUAAUUCUAUGCGCCGUUGUUAUCGUGGGCUUUGUCGUAGGUUUCUCUACCAGAAAGCAAACUACAGCUUCCCCCCCGGAAUCGACAGUCGUGACACCCAGUCCUACCUUUGCUCCAAUGGACCGGCUUGUCUUGAUGCGAGCCUUCUAUAUCGAUACAUUUGCCCCGCUGUACGAUGACGAGGGCCCAACGCCUGGCCGUGAACAUGUCGAGAUGCUAUUCCAGGAUUCCGAGUCGCCACACUACGCGGCUUUGGAAUGGAUCGCUCUCAAUGAUACCCCAGUGGAAACAACUAUCAGUCUAGACUUUCUAGAUGACAAUGCAACAAUGCGUGAUGAUCUGCGUUCUCAACGUCUCGUGCAACGAUAUGUUCUAGCCUUACUGUAUUUCACUACGGAUGGUCCAACGGGUUGGAAAGAAUCAAACGAAUUUCUCUCCCAAGACCAUGAAUGCGACUGGUCGGGGGCACUUUCCUGUACGGGUACUGAAGAAACCAACAGGACAGGACACGUCGUCACUACAAUUGAUCUCCGCGCCAAUGGACUCUCCGGGCCUCUCAUACCAGAAUUGGCGGCCCUGGCAGAUCUACAGUUCCUUCAUCUCGAAGGAAACGACAUUACGGGCAGUUUACCGGCCUCACUCUCUUCUUUGACCAAUCUACGAGAGUUUGAAGUCGCAAACAAUAAACUGGAAGGAACCGUUCCGGAAGCCUAUUUCAACGGCUGGACAAACCUGGAGUCGUUAAAGAUUGGAGACAACGGUGGCAUCACAGGGACGUUGCCUUCGGAGAUUGGCAACCUGAUCCAUUUGAAGGCUUUGGGGGCAGAGCGGCUGUCUUGGCAAGGGACAGUGCCCAUAGAACUCUAUCAACGAUUGACUGGAUUGGAAUUCCUUGAGAUGUCCAAUAUGGCUUACGGAUUUGUCAAUGACACCCUCCCCACUGAAAUAGGUCUGUGGACCAAUAUAAAAUCCUUCAUUAUGCAUGGGGCACAACUGGCUGGGACCCUACCCUCCGAGAUAGGUUUAGCUACUCAGUUGAAGCGACUGCAAUUGUCUUCGAGUCAAAUCCAUGGCCGACUGCCAAGCGAACUUGGUUUGCUGACAGCCAUGACGCGACUUGCGCUCUCGGUCAAUCCACUCACAGGAGCUGUGCCGAAGUCCUUCACGAAUUUUGAAGUGAUCAGUCGGCUAGAGUUGCAAAACACGCUCCUGACUGGCGAUAUUGGAUUCCUGUGCGAUGCAAUUGAAGCUGGCAACAUGUCCAGAAUUGGUAAUCUACGAGUUGAUAUGAUGGAAGUGUCAGGUUGCUACUGCUGCACAUGCUGCGAAUACUAG